AUGGAAGCCCCACGUCGCGGAGCCGCCAAUCCUGAAGCCGCCACUCUUGCAAACCAGAUAGCCCAGCUUCUGUAUCCGUCACCAGAGAACUCUCUCGGCUCACUUAUCAAAUACGAGAAAGAUAUUGUCAAGCUGCGAAAAUACAUUAUUCGCCAGCGAAAACGCACAAUUGAACUUGGUACAGAGCGUAACCAACUAACAAAUUGGAACGAGAAGAUUUUGAAGCAAGGGCCAUGGGAUCCGAUCGAAGAUCCGGUGUCUCUUAGCGGUGCACCGAGCUUGCCGAUGCCUGUUCAAAUUGCAGAGCGGGAAACGUUGGAGCCAUUCUUCGAGCACCUACGUCUUGGAGGUACUGAGGAGAAAACGUCAACUCCUCGUGGUAUUGAGGAUGCGAUCGAAGUGGAAGAGCCGCAUUACGGAACGAAAACGCUCGAGUUCGAGAAUGGCGUUGUGUAUUCAGAUCGACGUAUGGAUCUGUGCAAAAUGGUUUUAGGGCCUCCGAAUAUUGGCGAGCUACUUGAGAGCUUGAAGACGAAUACUUUCAUCACGCACUUUCUACUCGGGAAUAAUAUUAUUGGCCCACAUGGUGCGAAAUGCAUCGCGGACUUCCUGAAAGAGUAUCCCGAUCGUAUGGACACCUGGUAUAUUGCUGGAAAUUGUAUCGAUGCGCCGAGCUUCAAGCUUUUGGUUGAUGGAUGGGUGCGGUCGUCUUCGGUCACUAAUAUCUGGUUGAAGAGGAAUCCUCUGACAUCUGCUGCCGCUGAUGAUGUGUUUCGGUUGAUCACACAAGCCCCGAACCUUCGGACUCUGGAUCUCGAUCAGACAGAGCUGGGUGACGCUGGUGUGGCAGAACUCUUCCAAAAGUUAGCUAGAUAUCUUCCUGGCAAGCCUCUAGCUCUCCGGCACCUCUACCUAAACGGAAUUGGUAUUAGUGUAAAGGCUGCCACUGCAAUGGCAGAGUACUUGUCAUCACCGCAUUGCACCCUGGACUCGCUGUAUGCUACGAAUAACCCAAUCGGUUCAGCCGGAGUUGCAGCUUUUGCUGCAGGCCUGCGAAAUAACAAAAGUCUGUCUCGCCUCACGUUUGCCUCUGUUGGAUUGGGGGAUGACGGCACGAUCGCGCUUUGCGAGGCGCUGUACGACCACCCCAACAUCAAAACCCUCGAUAUCGGACAGAGCUAUGCUACAAUCGACCUUGGGAUGAGGUACAAUUGGAUCACCGACCGCAGUGCAUACGCCAUUCACAACCUCAUCACCUGCUCCCCACAACUCUCGUACCUCAACCUCGGCCCCUGCGCCCUUACUCAUACUGGCCUCAAUGAAGCCCUCCGCGCAAUCCUCACUUCCUCCAAGCUUCUCUUCUUCGUCGGCAAAACAAUCUACCCGCAAUCGAAAAACUCCAUGGCCGUCACUGCUGGACAAAAGCACAUUGCGCUCCACAAAUUAGUCAACAACCAGCUUGCCGAGAACGUAAAACAAGUGUACGGAGCUGAUAUGAGCUAUGCUAAGUUCAUGGAGGAUGGGAAACGGUGGCUUGUGAAUGAUAUGGCGGAUGUGAGGAAAAUUGAUUCAGUGUAUCGGAAUCGGGACGCGGGGAUGGCGCGCCGUGGGUUGAUGAAGUUGGAAAAGUGGUGGGAUGAGGAUGACCAGACGUUGGACGAGAUUAUGAAGGGGGCUGUUGGGCCGGUGUGCACGAAGAGGAAGAUGAAACUAAAUGUUGUGGGGCCCGUUUGCACUCGGCGGAAAGCCAUGGAGUUGAGUACAUGA